CGAGUGAAAUUCAGACAAAACAAUAGCAAUGAAGGAUAGGCAAAAUAAACAAGUCAUAUUUAAUGGAAAAGAGCUUAAUUCUCUGCUCUUGGUGGCUGAAAGUUAUAAAAUACCUAUAGCUGUGGGAUGUUUGGUCAUCUUCACGGUGUUUGCUGCAUUUUUCAUAUUAAGGAUUCUGAGAAUUCAAAGAGUUAAACAGAACACAAGUGCUGGGAUAGAAUCAAGCUUGACAGAGAAGACAAAGAAGGUGGUGCGUCAGAAGAAGAACAGACGCAACGCAAAGUCAAAAGGGAAACGAAGGGAGCCAGUGUCAAAAAUACCAAACUUUGAAGAAGGCAGUUCUCUAGAUGUCAGUCCAGGAUCACAGCAUGAAGAUGGUCGGCCCACUGCUGAAUCUAAAGCAGACUCUCUGCUCGAGUUUAAUAAAAAUAUUGAUUGUGACGGCAGCCAUGAGCAAGUUAGCGGCAACCAAAAUGAAAAUCUGAAUGACGGUUCUCUUACUUUGGAUGACCAGCUUGAGCUUAACAGCUAUAGAGAAUCAAUGCAUGCAAAAGUUUCUAAGGACAACGUCAAUGAAUUUGUAGAAUCCCAAAUGGACAUUCAAGGAUGCUGUGUCGACUGUUAUGAACAUAAGAGCCAGGAAGAUGAGGAUAAUGUAGAAUUUAUUUAUAAGAAAAGUUUGAAGGAUGAGAAUCCUCGAAACAAUCAGGAACACAUUGCUGACGGUUCUCAGUCUGACAUGAAAAAAGAGCAAGAGAUGGAACCCCUGAAAGCAGAUAUGACCUGUGCAGAGGUGACCUACAAGAAGAUGAAGAUAUGUGCCAUGGGAUUAGCUAUGAAAGACUGUCAUGAAGGCCUGUCCAAUGGUUGCCAAGGACCAUCCAUCAGUGAGCAGCAAUGUAGUGAUCUGCCCAAUGGUAUGCAUGUCAAAAGACAUUACGAAGAAGAGAUGGUCAUUCAGAGAGAGAGAAAGUGUGAUAAGGAGAAGAAUGGUCAGGCAAUAAUAGAAACAGAAAUAAAGAAUGAUACAACCAUUAACAGUCAGGAGAAUGCUUCAGUUUGCCAUCCAAGCAAGAAUUCUCAAAAUCUGAGUGAUUUUCUUAAUGAUAUGCAUAGAGACAAAGGUGAAGAUGACCACUAUGAAACAGAAAAUAAUACACCAAAUCUGAAAUGUGCAAAAGUGAUUUGUGAGAACUCAGCUGAAAAAUAUGUGGAAACACAGAUGACAAACCAUUCCACGACAGACAUGAAGAGCACCGAGGAAACCACAAAUAACCACAAGCGGACAGAUCUCAGCAAUGCGGAGAAUAAGACUGAUGUCCUCAGAUCGAGUCUGAAUGAUUUGCCUGGUGGAGCAUAUCAAGAGUUUGAGAAGAAACCGUUAAACAAUUCUCGAUCUAGUCUGAUCCAAUUUGAAAGCCUUCUUAAAAGUAAAAGUGUCGGCACAGUGCAGCCGAUGUCCCACACUGUCAAAGUGAGCUUUUGUGUUCACUAUGUCACCCACUCACCUUCUGAGGGCCUCGCUGUCACUGGAAAUAAGAAUGAAUUAGGAAGCUGGAAGAGUUUUAUCCAACUACAGCAGGAAAAGGGGGGAUAUUGGUCCAACACCAUUGUACUCCCAGUGGACAGUCACGUGGAAUGGAAGUUUGUGCUUGUGGAGAAUGGCAAGAUUAGUCUGUGGGAAGAGUGUGGAAACCGAUCAUUCUUCACUGGUCAAGAUGAAGAAAUACAUCUUCACAAAUGUUGGGGUCACGUCUAAAAUCAUUACGGGUAAAAUAAACUAAACUGAUUUUUCAUUGUAUAAGGCAAUGAAAUCAAGUCAAUGUCAGUCUGCAAUGUAUAAAUACAUUAUUAAAUGCAUUAUUCAGUGGUAGCUAAUCAUAUAGUUAAUGCAAAGUUGUUUUGAUAGAGAAAAUAAUGCUAAACAUAUAAAUAAAUACAAUAAGAAGUCUAUUAAAAGCACUAACUGAAAUUCGAACACGGAGGUGGGGGUGGGACAGUGGUACAGUGGUCAGCACUGUCGCCUCACACCUCUGGGAAUAGGGUUCUGAGCUCCAUGUGUGUGGAGUUUGCAUGUUCUCCC